CGGCCCGGCCGAGGGGCGGGGUUUGACUGAGGUGAUCGGCGGGCAGUCACCGGGAGGUGAGGUCCAAUGUCGGCGAUCACCAGGGAGAGGUCAGGGUUGGAGAGCGGCUCAAGGAGCCGUGGUGUCCGGAUUCGGGGGUCAGGGGCGAAGGAGACCGGGAGUGAGGCCUCGCCCGCGGAACCGGUUCCGGGGGCCCGAGCUCGGGGCGGGCAGAGGCCCGGCAAAGGCCGGGAAGAUGGUGUGAGGGCUAUCGGAGAGGUACCUGAAGCGGGCGCCUCAUUGCUGGUAGGCGUCUACUUGCUGCUGCUAUGGGCGCUGAUUCAGCUCUCCCUGCGGCAGCUGGUGGCACUGGGACCCAGUCAGCACCGGGACGGCUUCGACGCCAAGGCAGCAAGGAAGCAUCUCCAGCACAUUACUGAAUUUGGACCCAGGCCUGUUGGAAGUCCUGCUAAUGAAAUCCUGACUGUGAACUACCUGUUAAAACAGAUCCAGGAAAUCAAAGGAAAGGCAGUAGCAAAUAACAUUGUAGUGGAUGUCCAGAGACCAACUGGCUUUUUCAGCAUUGAUUUUCUUGGAGGUUUCAGUAGCUACUAUGAUAAUAUUACCAAUGUUGUCGUGAAGCUAGAACCAAAAAAAGGAGCAAAACAUGCAGUGCUUGCAAACUGCCAUUUUGAUUCAGUGGCCAACAGUCCAGGUGCCAGUGAUGAUGCUGUCAGUUGUGCUGUUAUGCUAGAAGUUCUAAAUGCGCUGUCUAAUUCGUCUACUCCCCUGCAACAUGCAGUCAUAUUUCUUUUCAAUGGAGCAGAAGAGAAUGUUUUGCAAGCAAGCCAUGGAUUUAUUACACAGCACCAUUGGGUUAAACUAAUACGGGCAUUUAUUAACCUGGAAGCUGCUGGUGUAGGAGGGAAGGAGCUUGUUUUUCAGACAGGUCCUGAAAAUCCCUGGUUGGUUCAGGCAUAUGUUCGUGCAGCCAAACAUCCUUUUGCAUCUGUUGUUGGUCAGGAAGUAUUUCAGAGUGGCAUCAUUCCCUCUGAUACAGAUUUCCGAAUCUAUCGGGACUAUGGCAACAUUCCAGGAAUAGACUUGGCUUUCAUUGAAAAUGGUUAUAUUUAUCACACGAAGUAUGACACAGCAGAUCGGAUACCUCUAGAUUCCAUAAGAAGGGCUGGUGAUAAUAUAUUAUCUGUGUUGGAGUACUUGGCGACAUCCGCAGAACUGGCUGACUCAACACAGUAUCGCCAUGGGGCCAUGGUAUUUUUUGAUGUACUUGGAUUAUUUGUUGUGGCCUACCCGCAACGAAUUGGUGCUAUAAUCAACUAUUUGGUGGCUGUGGUAGCUGUUCUCUACUUAGGAAAAAAGUUCUCAAUAUCAGUAAGUCAAGGAUCACACUACAGGAGGGAUCUCCUCUAUGGAAUUGCAGUCACAAUAAUCUGCUGGUUUAUCAUUUUUGUAACAAUCCUUAUUGUAGCAGUAUUCGUGUCUCUGACUGGACAUGCGAUGUCCUGGUACUCCAACUUCUACGUUUCUGCUGUAUUGUAUGGGUCAAUUGUCCUUGCAAAGCUUAUACUGAUUCAUACACUUGCAAAAAAUCUUUAUUAUGGAGGCAUGAACGAGGUAUACCUAGCUGAGCUAUAUUUCGACGUUUCAUUAACAAUCUGGUGCUGUAUUUUGGUUUACUUGACCCAACGUGGCUUGUGCUCAGCCUAUGUCCCUGGAUUGUGGGUUGCUUUUCCUCUGUUUGUGAGAUUACUAAUAGGGAAGGAGCUGAAACAAAAAGGUGCUACAGUGAAACUGACAGCAAUUUAUUUUCUGGGUCUAUUUAUUCCUCACCUGCUGACCAUGUACUUGUUUUGGGGUGCAUUUGAAAUGUUCACUCCCAUACUGGGGCGUAGUGGCACUGAAAUACCUCCUGAUGUUGCACAGGCUUCUAUUAUUGGAACCUUCACUAUUAUCGUAACCACCUACUUUGUGAGCCUGGUUUAUCUGUGCAGAAGUACAAAAUGGACUCUGUUGGGUUUGGGGAUUGUGUUUUUGACCUCAUUCACUCUGGUGUGUAGUGGAGUGUUUUUUCCAUAUUCAUCUGAUCGUGCUGGGCCACACCCUAAGAGAAUCUUUCUUCAGCAUACAACAAGGAUGUUCCAUGAUCUUAAUGGAGAAAUAAUCAAGAGAGAUUCUGGGAUAUGGAUUAAUGGAUUUGAUUACACCCUUAUGUCCCAUGUUACUCCGCAUAUACCUGAAAUAAACAGUACAAUAAGAAGUUCAUGCGAAAAUGCACCUUUUUGUGGUUUUCCUUGGUUUUUACCGGUCCACAAUCUUAUCAAGAAAAACUGGUAUUUGCCUGCUGCAGAAAUUUCACCCAAGACACCUGUUGCUUUCAAACUGCUUUCCAAGUACAAGAUGCCAUCAGGGUCUACAAAAUUGAGCUUUGAGGUGAUGGGUCCCAGUCACAUGACGCUGUACAUUAGGCCACUCGAAGGAGCUCGCCUGAUCAGAUCAUCUUUUGGGGAUAGGACUUCUUUGUACAAUAAUAAUGGCGAUUACUUUGUUUUCUAUUCCCAUGGACUAAAGGCUCCAGCUUGGCAAUUUUGGUUGGAGAUGCAGACACUUGACCUUAUGACUGAUGCCAUGGUUGUUGUUGCUGUAGCUUCUCAUCAUUUUUUUGGAGAAGAUCAAAAAACAGCAGAAUUAGUUGCUCUGGAGCAGAGAUUUCCUGAAUGGUGUGUUGUCUCCAGCUGGUCCAGCUCUUACAACUUGUUUGUCUUCUAACACUCGGAUUAAAUGGCUAAGACUAGAUGGAGGUAACUCCAUUUGGGUAAAGUAUGGCAUGGCUGGUCUGGGACAAACUGAAUCUACUCCCAAAGUAUACUCUAGGUUGGUGGAGCAUGUUCUCUUGUAAGAUCAGGAAAUAUCUUGCAUGCAAAUGAUCAACUCAAAGUCAGUAAAUAACUUGUUAAAAAUAUUAACUUGAAGGUUGCUAAGUGUACUGGUCAGUGAGGCUGGUGUUUUUCAUGUGAAGUAAUGUUGAGCAAAUCUGAAACGUGGCAGAUGCUAUGAUCUCCUGGUUUAAAAAAAAUCUAAAUCCUCCGUUUAACUCAGUUGCCCCUCAUUUUGGUAGUAAAAGGGUUAUAUUUGACUCUCUGAGGACCAGCACAAUCUUCCACAGCCAGCCUCCUAGUGCCCUGGCACCUUUCAGACCUCAGGGAUCCUUGUUUAUUGUGACAUGAAGAUCACUUGAAUCUUAAGAGUAUUACUGUAGACGUGCACAUACACUGAGUUAACUGUGUUCUCUUAGUAUUCAUGAUGUAUAAUGAAUACUUAAAAAAAAAGUAAUGUGUAAUUCAAAAUGUAUUAAUAUAGGUUGAGAAUAGUGAGUGUGAACAGAUGAGGUGAAAGCAAUGUUGGUGUGAAACAAAUUAGUCAUUGGCCUCUAUUUUCUUUCAAAAUGCAUAGGAUUUGGAAUAUAAGGGCCAAUUAAUCAAAUAACGAUUUUUCAGUUAAUUUUCAGGGAAUUCUUGGGAAACCCAAAGAACUAAUAACGGACCCUCAUGAUGACUAUGGGUUAAUUGCAAUAUUGCUGCUUGUACUUCUGGUAAUAAAACUUUAACAGGAGACACUUCUAAUGAAUAAUUACUUUGUCGGCAUGAGGUUAUCUGGCUGUUGUCUUGUAGCAUGGCUAGUUUUGAUUUCCUCUCUGUUCCUCCUGUGUGAGUGGGGUAGAUUGAGCCGAUCCUCAGCCAGUGGUGCUGCAGAUAAUUAAAUUCACUCGUUGUAAACUAGCAGCCCACAAUGGAAAUCAUCUCAACACCAGGACUGCAUGAAAUUUUGAACACAGUUUAACACGGUGCGGUGCUACUAUAUAUAUGUUAGGAUGUAAAUAAUGCAAAUUUAUUAAGAACUCAUCAUAAUUGGUUCUCUUUAUGGUCUGGAACCAUAUUGUUAUCUUGAAUGUAGCUUGAUAGGCAUUAUUGUUAAAACCAAACUACUGAUGGACAGAAUUCCUUUUUGUUCUUCUUGUGUUUCACAUUUGCAUGUUGCUCGGGGCUCCUUAGUAUGAUAUUGUACAUUGAUUUUACACUAAGCAUUGCUUUGGUGGUUUACAUUAAUGUUUCUAAAUAGGAAAUAAUUUUCUUUUGAUCCUAUCUUAUUUCAGUGUGAAAUUUCUUUGAUUUAUCUUACAGAUCUGAAUCAAGUUCUUUCUAAUUAAUAAGACUCUAAUAAUGAAAAUGGCACUGAUCAUUUCGUUUAAACUUGAACAAUAACA